AUGGCCAACAAUCACUUCGACGCUAUCAUCAUCGGUGCUGGUAUCUCUGGUAUUGACGCCGCAUACCGCCUUCAGGAAGGUCUCCCUGAUUUCAAGUAUGCAAUCCUUGAAGGUCGCUCGGAGAUCGGUGGUACUUGGAGCUUGUUCAAGUAUCCCGGCAUCAGGUCUGAUUCUGAUCUUCACACUUUCGGCUUUCCUUGGGACCCCUGGAGAGAAGAGCGUGCCAUUGCCAGUGCCCCCUCUAUCUUGAGCUAUGUCAAAGGCUGUGCCAAUCGUCAUGGAAUCGACAAACACAUCAAAUACCACCACCAAGUUCAGACAUUGAAUUGGUCCUCUGAACAUCAGCAUUGGAAGCUUGAAGUCUCCGUUGACGGAAAAGAGGCCCUCUACUAUGCUCGACAUAUCCUCCUUGGCACUGGCUAUUACGACUACAAGCAAGGUCUGAAUUCACAAAUACCAGGUAUCGAGAACUUCAAGGGCGCUGUGAUCCAUCCCCAGUUCUGGCCAGAAGACCUCGACUACAAGGACAAGAAGGUCGUCAUCAUCGGUAGUGGUGCUACUGCAGUCACUCUAGUUCCUGCCAUGAGCGAGCAAGCCAAAUCUGUCACUAUGCUUCAACGAUCGCCAAGCUAUUUCCUACCCAUUCCACUGGUCGAGCCCAUUGAUCAAACAAUCAAGAAAUGGCUACCUGAGAGUGUGGCCUACAAACUGAUUCGAUGGAGAUUCAUCAUUAUGGGAUUCAUCUUCUUCAACUUUUGCCGCCUUUUCCCCAAUCAGGGCAAAGCGAUGCUUCGAAAGGCCACCGAAGCUGAACUACCCAAGAACAUCCCAUAUGACCCUCAUUUCAUGCCCAGCUAUUCACCCUGGCAACAGAGAAUGUGCAUUACUCCUGGAGGAGAUUUCUUUGCGGCACUUCGAAGCGGAAAGGCCGACGUUGCCACCGAUACGAUUGAUACCGUCACCUCAAAGGGCAUCAACUUGAAAUCAGGAGCUCAACUCGACGCCGACAUCAUAGUGACAGCCACCGGCCUCAAAAUCCAACUCGGAGGUGGCAUGAAAUUAUUCGUGGAUGGCAAGCCUCACACCAUCGGUGACAAAUUCGUCUGGCGCGGCGCUCUCCUACAAGAUAUUCCCAACCUGUGCUUCGUCUUCGGGUACACCAACGCGAGCUGGACCCUUGGUGCCGACGCAACGGCACAACUCUGGGUCCGACUUCUCAAGGGCGCAAAGGCCAAGGGCCAAACUAGCUUCGUUCCUCGCGUGGGUGAGAAGGAGGGCGUUCUUCCAGCAGAGCUGUUGAACCUCAACAGCACUUAUAUCAAGGAGGCGGCAAAGACCGGUGCUCUGCCUAAAGGCGGUGAUCGUGGUCCAUGGGUGCCGAGAAGUGUCUGGCUCAAGGACAUCUGGCAUGCCAGGUACGGUGAUAUCACCACCGGACUUCAAUUCAACAGGGUUUCGACUUGA